AUUAUGUUUGUGCAUUCUCGGAAAUGUCAAUUAUUAUACACGGUAUUAUAAGAAGCUCGAGCCUAUUUGCCAACCGUCCUGGUCUAGCAUCAUUAUUGACACAAACAAAGCAAUUCUGGAAUAUUCACCAACUCGCGAUCUCAACAGAAGAAAAAACCUAUCAAAAAGCGUUCCUCGACCGCACGAGACACAUAUUCUUCUUCCACUUGACCUUCUCUGUCGUCACCACAUUCUACAUCAGUUUCUCCAGUUUAUUUUCAGCAUUGACAUGCUACCGACCUUCCUGGCUGCCUAUUUACGCUCUAUGGUCCUAUCAAGUGCUCGUCAUGCAAUUCGCUGUGCUCCUACCUAUCGUCUGCUUCGACACUCUGUUAAUGACUUUCAUCAGCUUGACGUAUCUCCAGUUCCGGCUGUUGAACAGGCAAAUCGAAACUAUGAUGGAUGCCGACACGGCCUCGGAGAUCCAGGAGAAGAUAUGCGAGGUGGUAGACCACCACGUCUUUUUGAUAAAUCCAGACCUUGGAGCCAUCUUCAAGUCGGGCGUGUACGUAUACGUAGCCCUUUCCGGAUUCAUAAUAAUCUACAGCAUCCCCACGCAACAUCUCAAAGACGAGGCGGCGAAUGUCACGAAUACCGCCUAUUCCACCAAAUGGUAUGGCACACCCGAAUUCGGAACCUCCGUUCUGAUGAUGAUGGCCAACGGCAGGCGAUAUGUCAAAAUCAGCGCCGGCAGUUUGAUAGACAUCAAUUUGCAAACGAGUUUGGCGACGAUCAAGACAAUGGUGUCUUAUUGCAUGUUCCUGAGGACUGUAGGGCUUGACCAGCAGGAAAUCCAUGAAUAUUGAUCACCAAAUAAUCCUGAACUCACAACUAUUCUCUAUCACCUGUUAGUUAGGUUCUUUG